AUGCCAAAUUUCACAGAUGUGACAGAAUUUAUUCUUCUGGGGUUGACCAGUUGUCAAGAGUUACAAGUUCUCUUUUUUGUGGUGUUCCUAGUAGUUUACAUGAUCACUCUGAUGGGGAACAUUGGUAUGGUCGUUUUGAUCAGCAUCAGUCCCCAGCUUCAGAGCCCCAUGUACUUUUUCCUGAGUCAUUUGUCUUUUGUUGAUGUGUGGUUCUCUUCCAAUGUCACUCCCAAAAUGUUGGAAAACUUAUUAUCAGAGACAAAAACCAUUUCUUAUGUGGGGUGUUUGGUGCAGUGUUACCUUUUCAUUGCCCUUGUCCAUGUGGAGGUCUAUAUCUUGGCAGUGAUGGCCUUUGAUCGGUACAUGGCCAUCUGCAACCCUUAGCUUUAUGGCAGCAAAAUGUCCAGGACUGUCUGUGUUCGGCUUAUCUCCGUGCCUUAUAUCUAUGGAUUCUCUGUUAGUCUAAUAUGCACACUGUGGCCAUAUGGCUUGUACUUCUGUGGAAACUUUGAAAUCAACCACUUCUAUUGUGCAGAUCCUCCUCUCAUCAAGAUUGCCUGUGGAGGAGUUCACAUCAAAGAAUACACAAUGAUUGUCAUUGCUGGAAUUAACUUCACAUAUUCCUUCUCAGUAGUCCUGAUUUCCUAAGCUGUGCUACGCAUGCGCUCUGCUGAUGGGAAGAGGAAGGCCUUCUCUACUUGCGGUUCUCAUUUGAUAGCUAUUACUAUGUUUUAUGGGACACUGAUAUUCAUGUACCUUAGGCGGCCCACUGAGGAGUCCAUGGAGCAGGGGAAAAUGGUGGCUGUGUUUUAUACCACAGUCAUUCCCAUGCUAAAUCCCAUGAUCUACAGUCUGAGGAACAAGGAUGUGAAAGAGGCAGUCAAUAAAGCAAUCAUAAAGGCAAAUUUGGGGCAAUGAAACUGUAGUGCACAUUGUUGUGGCAUGUCGGCACCUCAGCACUUCU